AUGUUUCUUUCAACGUUAUCAACGAUCACAACUAUAUUACCAGUUUCGUUAUUGAUUGGAAUCGCCAUUCUAUGUGUGUCACUAACCGCAUUCUGCAUUCUAAUCACAUAUUUUGUCGUUGUUAUACAUAGGAGCUAUCCAAUUAGUUCUGAUAAGUCCAUUCUAUUAAGUCAAAUUUUACCAGUUUUAAAAAAGACCUCACGAAAACGGCGUAGAUAUACGUUUGGCAAAUCAAAAACUUCACUUGAACAAAUUAACAACGGUUUUGAUCACCCAUCGACAAGUCACGACGCCGUUGAUCAAUUUUCUUACGACAAAGAAAUUCAGUGUCCAACAACAGAUAUGUUUAGCACAGACAGUUUGACAAUUACCUCACGAUCGCAUGCUUUGUCACAAUCAACCGUCGCAUCGGAGAAUAAAAUCGCUUUUGAGGUAGAAAAUAAAACAACAUUAAUGCAGCUUCAGUCGUCAAAAGAGAAUUUAGCUGAAUUUUUUUUGAACAAUUCAACAUUGAAUAAAAUCAGUCCAUCAAAAAUGCCUAUGUUACCGUGCAUUAAACUUCGUAUGCCCAAUGAUACUUUGGAGUUAUCGAGAAUAACUAUCACGAAGGCUCCUCAAUCAUUACACGAUACUUCAAAGCGUUCGAUAAUAAAAGAUAUUGCAAGAAUGGAAGUGGAUGAAAAUAGUAUCACAGUCACAACAUCAGCAGCACCAUCACAAAACGAUGCUCAAACGAGACAAAUACAAAAACAUAGAACACUACCGUUCUCAAUUAAUUCAUGUGACUCUCAAUUCUCGAAAGAUUCAUUAGCCGACUAA